GCGAAUUAAGAAGAGUACAAGUAAUAUAGGCUAGCUAGGCUACAAAUUAUCUGAACAAAUAUGUAAUUCAUUGAGAUUUAUUAUCCUACGAGUUGUGCUGGCAUAAUAUAUAAACAGCUGCCGCGUUGUAUGAUGCAGUCUGUCUGUCUUUGCCCAGCUAACCAGACCUCUAAUCGAAUUUUUAACAAUUUACUAUUUUUUAAUAUCUUAUUUAAAGUGAUUUAUCUUAUUAAGAGUUUAGUUUAGCACUGAUAAUGAGUUCUGUUUGCUUACCCGCUGGAGACAUUUUUGUGCCUGUCCAAAUUGAGGAAAAUGAUAUAUAUACUGGAAUAUUUAAGCUUCUUGAAGUUAUACGGCCUGAUUGGUCCAAGGAACAUGUAAAAUUUAAGUUGUACACUGAUGGUAUCACAAAUAAACUUGUUGCAUGCCAAUACCAAUCCCAGGCUCAAUUUAAUGAUAAUAUUAGCAGUGGAAAUAAUAUUGUGCUCGUUCGUAUCUAUGGAAAUAAAACGGAUUUAAUUAUUGACAGAACUGCUGAACUGAGGAACAUAAAGAAACUCAAUGUUCUCGGCUUGGCACCUAAAAUAUAUGGUAUAUUUGAAAAUGGAUUGGCUUAUCAAUACUACCCAGGAGUAACUCUGAAUGUGGACACUGUUUUAGAUUCAAAAGUUUGGCCACUAGUGGCAAAGCAAAUGGCGAAAAUGCACAAAGUUCAGUUAGGACCUGAGGUGACAAAAAAUCCAAUGGUAUGGGAUAAAAUUGAUCAAUUUUUAAAUUUAUUACCAGAACCAUUUACAGACGAAACUAAACAGAAGAGAUUUGUCGAUAGCUUUGGCUCACUAACCAGACUAAGGAUAGAAUCCGAGCGAUUAAAGUCGUAUGUAACAAAAACCGAGAGCCCGAUCGUGUUUGCUCACAAUGAUUUACUUCUAGGAAACGUUAUCCACAACCAAGAUGAAGGAACUAUAUCUUUUAUAGACUAUGAAUACGCCGCUUAUAAUUAUCAAGCGUUUGACAUUGCAAAUCAUUUCAAUGAAUUUGUUGGGUUGUCAAUAGAUGAUAUCGACUACGGCAAAUAUCCUAGCAAAGAGUUCCAAAUGUCUUGGAUAGCUGCGUAUUUGGCGGAGUUUUUAAACGUGGAUUCACCAGACCAAAGCGCAGUGGAGAAAGUGUACGAGGAAGUCCAGCACCUGGCGUUGGCCUCCCAUUUUAUGUGGGGGGCGUGGUCAUUGGUGCAAUUCGAACUUUCGGAUAUUGAUUUCGAUUUUGGAAGGUACGCCAAGAUACGGUUCGACCGAUAUUUCGAACUGAAAGAUAACAUCUUCAAGCAACUGAGUUGAUCUUACGUCGAAUGUAAUGUGCCAAUAUUAUUAAUAACUAUAAUAAGCGUUAAUUUAUAAUGUACAUAAUUCAUGAAACAAUAACAACUGUGAAGUACGUGCAUAUCCGGCGGAAUGAUGGACGUUGGCAGCUUGUGUUGACUGUUGAAGAUCAGUGGCGCCAUCUUUUUUUUUUCUUUACUAUUAUUAGGCUAAUGCCUGUCUAAUUCUGCACCAACUUGGUAGUGUACCAAUGAGUUACCUGUUUUAAGAUAUAUUAAUAUAUAAAAUUAUAUUAGGUAUAAUAUAAACAUCAAUACAAUGCAAAGCAACAUUA